AUGAAAGCAGUAACAAUUUAUAGUAUUACUUUAGCUGAAAAUGUUUUUGUAUUUUUUGUGAAGAAUCCUUUAGGAAGUUCAAUAUCUGUUCUCAAGUUAGCAGAAAUUGUCAAUGAGAAAGUUGAUGCUUCAAGCAUUGGAAUGGGUGGUGAUAGUUAUUUGCAGCUUCUCUGUAGACAAUCAUUCCCUGGUCCUCUUACAAGUAGAAGUCGUGGUGUUAAGGAAUUGAACAUAUGGAUUAAUGAGAGGAUAAUGAAUUAUAGGAAAGGAGAAGUUUUGAGGUUGCUCCUGUCAUUGCUUAAGAUAGCCUGUCAGUUUUAUGGAAAACCUCCUUUCAGUAGUGAUGCAGCAUUGAAGUUAUUUUUGCUCCAAGUGAAAUCUGUAUUGCAGCUGCUGUACCGCAUUUGCACUCGUGAAGAAAGACUGAAAGAGCAUUGA